UCAGGAAGGACAUUCAGUUUCCUACCGUUAUGUUUUUCUAUUCACGGAAAUGACUCAGUUGGUUGGAAUGUACGCCUGCCUCUGGUCAGUAGUGCUGCCCACAGCUCAGGAUUUUAUCACGACAGGCUUCUCCUACUCCAGCUGCAUGUCCUCUCAGUGAUAGCAGAGAUGCCUCCAAAGACCGUUACAAGCGCCUUGAUCAACAUGCUGGAGGACCUAACUGACAUGCAGUUAAAGAAGUUCUGCUCCGCGAUCCUGGACCGCAGGGAAGAGCCGCGGGUCAGAAGGGUAUCUCUGGAAGGCAAAACUCGUCUAGAAAUCGCAGAUGUCCUGGUUUCAACUUAUACAGAGUCCGGAGCUAAAGACGUAGCGCUGGAGACUUUGGGGGAGAUUGGCUGCAACGCGCAAAGAGAGAGCUUCGCCAAGGACACAGGACCACUGACAUCUGUUUCUAAUUAUGGAAACAUCAUGGAGGUUAAAACUACUGGUGCCUCGGGGCAAACAGCUCAGCAGGACAUGCUGGGAUACUCAGGUGUGAGGGCAUCACACACCAUGGCAGAAACUGAUGCAGGCAGAAUGCAAAAGUAUAGGUCUAAAAUCAUCACGGUGGGAGGUAAAUAUGGGAUCGAUCCAGCUCUCAUUGCUGCCAUCAUCUCCAGACAAUCCAGGGCUGGAAAUGCACUAAAUAAUGGCUGGGGGGACAAUGGUAACGCCUGGGGACUGAUGCAGGUCAAUGUUAAUCCAAGUGGAGGUGGACACACUGCACGCGGCGCUUGGGACAGUGAGGAACACCUCUGCCAAGCCACUGAGAUCUUGGUUUAUUUUAUCGGCCGCAUCCGCAACAAAUUCCCGGGCUGGAGCAAGGAGCAGCAGCUGAAAGGAGGGAUAGCAGCCUACAUGAUGGGGGAUGGAAGCAUCCAUUCCUAUGAUGACGCGGAUGGCAGCACAACAGGUGGAGACUACUCCAAUGAUGUUGUUGCCAGAGCUCAGUGGUACAAAAACAAUGGAGGCUUUUAAAACCUGAAGAGUCCACAACAGAAAUCUCUGAACAAUCAUAAAGGAAAUACUUUGUAAUGUGUGCUAUGUCAAUAUAUCUACAUAAUAUAUACUAAAUGAACACAAUUUAAAGGGUAUUUCUAUUUAUUGGGCUCAGUGUGAACUCUGGCUGUCAUAAUUUGCUGAAAAGUAAGGAGGAAAGUAAUUUUCACUGUAGUCUUGUGCACCUAACUGCAUUGCUUUUGAGGCAGCUUCUGUAUUAAAUCAUUUACUCAAUA